AUGAUUACCGGUGACAAUAAGGGCACAGCAGUUGCCAUCUGUCGUCGUAUUGGUAUCUUUGGAGAAGAUGAGGAUGUUUCUUCAAAAGCCUUUACUGGACGUGAGUUUGAUGAACUUUCCCCAGCUGUCCAGAGAGAUGCUUGCCUACAUGCUCGUUGCUUUGCCCGUGUAGAGCCUUCCCAUAAGUCUAAGAUUGUUGAGUUCCUCCAGUCUUUCGAUGAGAUCACAGCUAUCAUGACUGGUGAUGGUGUAAAUGAUGCCCCUGCACUGAAGAAAGCAGAAAUUGGGAUUGCUAUGGGGUCAGGUACUGCAGUAGCUAAAACGGCUUCUGAAAUGGUUUUAGCUGAUGACAACUUCUCAACCAUCGUAGCUGCUGUGGAAGAAGGGCGUGCAAUCUACAACAACAUGAAACAGUUCAUCCGUUAUCUCAUCUCUUCAAAUGUUGGAGAAGUUGUUUGUAUCUUCUUGACUGCUGCUCUGGGUUUUCCUGAAGCUUUGAUACCUGUCCAGCUGUUAUGGGUAAACCUUGUAACAGAUGGUCUCCCUGCCACUGCUCUGGGCUUCAAUCCUCCUGAUUUAGACAUCAUGGAUAAGCCGCCCCGUAAUCCUAAAGAGCCCCUGAUCAGUGGGUGGCUCUUCUUCCGUUACCUUGCUAUUGGAGGUUAUGUUGGAGCUGCGACAGUGGGUGCUGCUGCUUGGUGGUUCAUUGCUGCUGAUGGUGGCCCAAGAGUUACCUAUUACCAGCUGAGUCACUUCCUGCAGUGCAGUGAUGACAACCCAGAUUUCACAGAUGUAGACUGUGUGGUCUUUGAGUCACCAUAUCCAAUGACAAUGGCACUUUCUGUUCUGGUCACCAUAGAGAUGUGUAAUGCUCUCAACAGUUUAUCAGAAAACCAGUCCUUACUGAGGAUGCCCCCAUGGGAGAAUAUCUGGCUGCUGGGUUCUAUUUGUUUGUCUAUGUCGCUCCAUUUUCUUAUCCUUUAUGUAGAACCACUGCCGCUAAUCUUCCAAAUCACACCUCUGAAUGUGACACAGUGGUUGAUGGUGUUGAAAAUCUCACUACCUGUAAUUCUGCUGGAUGAGACACUUAAAUUUGUGGCCCGGAACUACCUGGAACCUGCAAUGCUGGAGUAAUCACUUCCUAAACAAUUUUGCAGAAAUGUAAGGUUGUUUUGUUGCGUGCAUAUGUUUUUAGUAACACAUCUGUCAAAACCUCUGCAUGUAUCAUGUAGGAACACGAACACCACCACCACCCCCAAACUUGCUUUCCCAAAAACAAAACUCAUUGUGUGCUCUGUGGAGGAAAUGUGUGGUACCAUUAGGGCUUCAAUUAUACAAAUGUACAAUAUAGCUUAACAAAUCAGGAAACAAUUCUCCAGAGAAGUUUGGUUUCUUUGCUGCAUGGAGAAGACUGUUUAUUCUUAAACAUUAG